GCACUCAUGAGACGGGUCCCACAAAUGCACAAGGCUCGAAACUUAUCAAAUUCACACUCUGAUACCAUCAAAAUCUGAAGAUCAAAUUAUAAAAUCUCUCUGAUAUCAUAAAUCUCCAAUGAAAUCUCCAAAUACAAGAUUAUGAUUUGUUUCUAAAAUUCUAUAUCAAUCUCGAAAUGGCUAGCUUUCUAACUCGUCACUUCCCGUGGUUUCCUCGUCCUCAAUUUCACUUCUUGAAAUGGUGGACAAGGAAAAACUAUGAGAUAAACUCAAGACAUGCUUCAUUAUGCCAUAGGACCAAAUUUUUUUAAUAAUGAAAAUACUGCCACAAGAGUAGAAGAUGCAACACAAUUUGAUGCUAGUUUUGAUGAUCCAUAUGGUGUUAGUAUACAAUCGAUAUUUGAGGAGCCAAGAGGAGAUGCAAAAGAGUUCUUUGAUCUUUUGCGAGCAGCUGAUACACCUCUUUUUGAUGGGUGUGAUGAUGGUGUCAUUGUCCUAAAGUUGGUGUGUGAGCUCAUGAGUGCAAAAACACUUUUUAACAUGAGUGUUACUAAUUGGGACUAUGUGCUAAAGCGUAGUCUAAUGGCCUUCAAAACAGUUGAUAGGGAAAAAUUGCCAACAUAUUAUUAUAGUGCCAAGAAGAUGUUGAGGCGUCUGGGUCUCGGGUAUAAAAAGUAUGAUGUUUGUGUGAACAAUUGCAUUUUGUAUUAUGGAGAAUAUGAAAGUCAGUGUUAUUUAUAGUGCCCAGUAUGUGAAGAGCCACGAUUUAAGCAACGUGAUGUGCAUUCUGCUAAGCCUAUACCAAGAAAGUCUUUGUGGUAUCUUCCAAUUAUUCCUAGACUUUAGAGAUUGUAUAUGUCUAGGAAAACUGCCGAGCAUAUGACCUGGCAUUUAAAUUGUUAUAAUGAAAAUGAGAAAAUGUUUCAUCCUGCAUGUAGAGAGGCGUGGAAGCAUUUUGAUAUCACUCACCCUAAGUUUGCUAGUGAACCAAGGAAUGUUAGGUUAGGUUUGUGCACUAAUGGGUUCACUCCUUUUGGACAUUCUGCAUCUCCAUACUCUUGUUGGCCAGUAUUUGUGUUAAUUUAUAACCUACCUCCAACAAUAUGCAUGAAGCAAGAAUAUGUAUUCCUUUCAUUGAUUAUCCAAGGUCCCCAAAGUCCUGGAAAGAAUAUUGAUGUAAUGCUUCGACCACUAAUUGAUGAUUUAAAGCAGCUUUGGUAUUCUGGAAUCCAAAUUUAUGAUAGCUUUAGGCAUCAAUACUUUCUGAUGAGGGCUGCACUAAUGUGGACCAUUAGUGACUUACCUGGGUAUGGAAUGUUGUCUGGGUGGAGCACACAUGGUAAAUUAACUUGUCCCUAUUGC